GAGCAAUUAUUUUUCAUCCGAGGAUCAAAUUAUUCAAAACCAGAAGUUAUCGAUGCUUUUUUGAAAGAUUUCCACAUUGACUUACCAAUUUUUGGAUAUUAUUCAACAAUCAAGAAAAGACCCGACUAUCUUGAGCCCAUCUUAAAUGAAAUUCGCCAAUAUUAUUUUAACAGUGCCAAAGAUGACCAUUCACGUUUCAUACAACGACUUAUUUUGGAUUCAGAUAUAAAUUACUUUUAUUUCCUCGAAAAAUGGAUGGAACGACAUGUUGCCAUUUCCAAAAAAGAUACAUUCUAUUCUCGAUUUUCAGUGUCUACAAAAAUUAAUCCACAUCCAUCACUUAAGGCAGCUUCGCAUACGGACGAGGUCUGCUAUUUAUUCCGAUGUCAAAAAAUGACCGAUUACUACAAACAAAUCAAAGUGAUUAAAGAGAAUGACCCGGACUCUUUAGAAGCUCUUACAUCCAUGAAAAACAUACAAGCUUUGUUUUAUAAUUUCGUCAAAUAUGGAAAACCCGUUCAUGAUGGUAAACCGAUACAAGAAUUUGCACCUGUUCAAAAUUCAAGCAAAGCGAACCAAUUCAAUUUUAUUGAUGUGACAAAUGGUGGCUUAGUAAGUGGGGUGGCAGCAAACGCUAAAAGAACUGAGUUUUUGGACACAAUUGUCGAAAAAGUUAAGCAACUGGUUAAGAAACAUGGUGAAACACCAAAAGAUACAUCGUUGCAGCAAAUGUGUGACGCUAUGAAACUUGGUAACUGGUAGCAAAUGGAAUUACAUGAAUGAAAGAACUUGAAAUUCGAUAUUUUUUCAUCAAAAUUUGAAUGUGGACUUAAAUUUAACUAAAUAUAUCAUUUAAAUAAACAAAAAAUAUAAAAGUGGUA